UUGCACAAAAGUAGAAUUAAGACAUCCGGGAUAAAUGACUCAGCUGAGCUCAAUAAAGCCAAAACAUGUGCGUCCAGGCUUAAUUGGUUGCACAAAGACCAAGCCAGGAUGAGCAGACACGGAUUCAUUAAGCCAGGUGAAACCAAUCCUGGAUAGGUGCGCGCUCACGGCUCACUCAAAUAGACCCCGCCACAGAUCACAGAUUAACUGAUUUACCAUGGCAACUAGAGCCGCGUACUUUUCCCCGUCGGAACCACAAAUCCUCAUGGAGGCAUACGAGGAGGUAAAAGAUAUAAUUAAGAAGAAAGGCAACACCGCCACAGUGAUAAAGCAAAGAGAAAAAGCGUGGCAAAGUAUUGCAGACCGCCUGAAUGCAUUAAACAUGAACGGGCCAAAACGGACAUGGCAGCAGGUCAAAAUCAAAUACAAGAACAUUCUGCAGAAUGCAGUGAAAAAGAAUACCCACAGACAAGGCACGGGUGGUGGGUCACCAAAGGCUGACCUUACCCCAGCAGAGGACAUGGCCUUGGAACUAAAUAAAGGCAGGCCCGUCUUAGAGGGGAUCCCUGGGGGGAAAGAGACGAGCAUAGGUUCCUCCCAAGAUGCCACCCGCUUCAUUCAAGUGUCUGGCAGCACUGUGUUCCUGUUAGAGCCACCAGCACAAGCACCAGACAAUGCUGAUCCAGGUGAAAGCCCCAGUGCAGCAGCAACAGCACAUGAUGGAGACGAUGAUGAGGAGGAGACCAUCUCUGUGGAUUCCAGAAGGCAUGAGGACCCAGAUGCUAUACAGUGGGAAAACCAGCCUCGCAACAUAGUGCGUAUUAAUAAAAGGACACCACAUCCUGCCAAAUUCCAGCUGCGCUAAUUGUAUCGUGUUCACAGAGCUCACAAGCUAUCAGAAAGUUGUAUGGCAACCACCUCCGGUGCCAAAUAGAACUGGCAGACAUAGACAUUCAGUACAAGAAGAAAAAGAUAGAAAAUCUUGCACUGGAGUCCGAAAUAAAAAAAAGGACAAUUAGGAAACUGGACCUUGAAAUAAAAAAACUUGAGAGGGAGGUGAGAUAUGCCUUCAAUGUACACUGUAUGCUAACUGUAACACAAAUGUAUUAAUCAUUAUUUUUCUUUCCUCCCCCAGCUCCAAGAAGAUGACACAGCUCAAAAUAAAAAUUAGGUAUAUUCUCGUAAAGUCAAGUGAGCCAUGACAUAUGAGCUCUUAUUGUGAGCACACA